AUGCCCAAUGCUGAUGAUUUAGAUGACGGUCUUGAUUACAACUACGAAUCAGAUCCAGAAGCUGAAGAAGUAGCUGUAGAGGAUACUGGCGCAGAGGAAAGUAAAGAUUCACAAGAAGAUGAACCAGAGGAAAAACCUCAUGAUGAUGAUAAGAAGAGAAAAGCUGGUGAAUCUUCAGAACGUGAAGGCAGACCUUUGUCCAAAAGACAAAAGAAGUUGCAAAAUUCUAAGUUGAAGGACAAAAAAGAAGAACAAGUCAAGUACCAAUUGGACAAAAAGAAAACUAUACCAAAAUCUUCUCCAGAGGAAAUCGUUGAGUAUUUAGCUACGUUGAUUCGUGAAAAGAAUCCCGAUUUGAGUGGGUUGGAACUGGAUGAAAUGUAUUUGAAGAAAUCCGAUUUCCUUUCCACUGAAAAAUUCCAGGAAGAUCGUAAUUUGACCAACUUGCCCAAUUUUAUGUCACAAUUUUCUAAGUCCCCAAGAACUAUAGUUCUAUCCUUGACUAAUUUGAGAAUUGCUGAUAUUUACAGAAGUUUAGGCGGUAAUAAAGCUUGUGUCAAAUUGUUCGCCAAAAACAAAUUGAAAGAUGAUUUAGCUACAGUGGAAGAAAUCCUUAGCGCCAAAUCUAAGAAAAAUGAACACAUAAGAUAUUUCAUUGCGACCCCAACAAGGUUGGAAAAAUUGAUUGAGUCCACAGAUCUGUUUUUCCAAGGUAAGGAAAAAUUGGAUAUCUUGCUAGACGCAAGUUAUAUGGACCCCAAGGCAAACACUUUGCUAAAUUGUGAAAACACUACAGUUCUUUGCAAGCUUCUCAAGACUUUUUUGAAUAAGAAGAGUUCUGUAAAAGUCUUACUUUACUAA